AUGAUCCAGGGGGAUGCUCCCAAAAAUUUGCUAAUUACAGCCUUUCUAUGUACAACGCGCGGGUUCCUAUGCGACAGCAAACGCGGACCCUCAAGGCACCACGUGGUUAGACAUGAAUUCGGGCCGGACACCGUGAAACUGAGCCAACGUAGACAGUGCGAAAGGAAGGCUGCAUUUGCUGAGCUGUCCCGUGUUAAAGAGUCUACACUGCCACUUUGCUGUGGAAAAAAACUAUGUGGAGAAGCUAUACUUCAUGCAAAAUUUUGCCCAGUACGUCUUAGCAUUGGAAAGGCUUUGUCCUCUACGGCAUUCCUGGUGGAAAUAGCACUUGCCCGUACAGCGGAAGGGGUGUUACAUUCCUCUUUCUAA